CCGAAAGUGGAAGGCAUGGUAAAGCGCGUGCGCGAUGGCAAAGACAAUUCUGACGCCCCCUUCCGGUGUGAGCUAGCUCCCGGCCGGAGGAGGGCAGCCGCGGCCAUUUUGCAGAGGUGCCCGCCUCCGCUGGAGGAAGCGAGGCGAGGCGGACGACACGUCAGGGCCACGCCGCCGUCGAGGCCUCCCAUGGGUUGCUUGGCGGACCUGCCGGUGAUUGGCUCGCGAGAGCUGAUUACGUGUACGGUCCGGUCCAGCCUCCAACGAUUAAAUUGGCCGGCCAUUCUUUAUGCGGUCUCUCUCUCCCGCCAGCGCUGGAGGGAGGUGAUGGCGGCCUUCCUGGCGCCCGCCCCGGCCUCUGCCCGCCGAGCCCUUGUCCUGCUGCUGCUCCUCGUCGGGCUCUCGGGCUCCUCAGCGGAGCCCUGCACUGAUCCUGUGAUUACUCCUUCCUACUACACCACCUCUGAUGCAGUCAUUUCCACUGAGACUGUUUUCAUUGUUGAGAUCUCUCUGAUGUGCAAGAAUGGGGCACAGAACGUGGCCCUCUAUGCUGAUGUUAACGGAAAGCAGUUCCCAGUGACCCGUGGCCAGGAUAUUGGACGUUAUCAGGUAUCUUGGAGCUUGGAACAUAAGAGUGCCAGUUCUGGAACUUAUGAAGUCAAGUUCUUUGACGAAGAAUCCUACAGUCUUCUGAGAAAGGCCCAGAGAAGCAAUGAGGAUGUCUCAGCCAUUAGACCCUUGUUCACAGUCAGCGUGGAUCACCGGGGUGCCUGGAAUGGGCCUUGGGUCUCUACCGAAGUGCUAGCUGCAAUGAUUGGCAUGGUGGUCUAUUACAUGGCUUUCAGUGCCAAAAGCAACAUUCAGGCCUGAGCCAUAUGAAUUGAGCUUCUCUACAUAGACGUAUUUCUUCAUGCAAAAUAAAAGGGUUUGUCACUGGAGAAAACGAUGUCAUGACAUCUCUUUAGUUCAUGACUUCAUUUUGUAAUUAAGGAAAUUGGGUCCAUAGCAAGAAAUGUCUUGCCCAGACUUUGGCAGUGUGCAGUCUGCUACAAGAAUAGUUGAAACUUCAGAAGUGGAGGGAAUAGAGGAACAGGUUACUGAGGCCUGAACUACAAGGGGUAGAGCCCAGCAGCCAACCCACUGCCACCUUGCCUACCUUCCAAGGUCUUCUCUUGUCCCCGUCCAGGCUUCAAGGCUGCCCUGGGCUCAAGGUAGAGGCCAUUGCUUGGGAAAGCAGCUGACUGUCCUUGGGUUGGCAUUCAUGACUUAAUGGUCACUAGCAGUCUGCCCAGUCUCCUUCAAGCAGCCUGGGACUUUAAGUGCAAGGUGCUAAAUCCUGCUAUGUGGCCUUUUCACUCUUGGCAAGGAGAGAAGUCAGUCAUCUUCUGUAGCCUUGAAGAGCAGAGUAGAACAGCUCUGGACCCCCAAGUUAUGCUGCUCACUCUAUUUUACAGAGAAGGAAACUAUUUACCUUGUUUAACUAUGGCAGUUGGGGGAAAAAGUUGUUCAUGAGUUGAAAUCUGAGGACCUAGAUUCAAAUGAGUGUUCAGUCAUAACCACCUAUGAGACCCCAAGCCACUUCCUUUCUCAAGGAAUGAAAUGAGAGGCUGAAAUAAAUCAAAUAGAAAUGAGGGCCACUCAGAAGCCCACAUUAUA